AUGACUGUCACCCCUGAAAAGCUCAUAGCUAAGUGGGAUCAAGUGACAAAGUUUGAUCAAAACGCAACUUAUCCGACCUCAACGGCAGAGUCUAUUGAGCAGAUCAUGGCCAACUGUGGAGCGGAUUCUGAAUCGAGUGAUCCAGCUAGUGAAUCCGGUACUCCUCAGAUGGAGGAUUAUUUAGACCUGGAAGACUCAGAAGUCGUGGCCCAAGCUAAAAGGGAAACAAUCGAUCCGAUCGAACUUCCUCACACCAAACGAGAGUGUAUCUUGUACAACUUGGGUGUAGGCGCGACCAAAAAGGAGUUGAAGUAUGUGUUUGAAGGCAGUUCCAACUUUCAAGUCAUUCCUUCCUAUGGAAUGCUUGCUUUCAACGAGGCCAGCAAGCAGAUGCCAUGCAUGUAUGAUUUGUACUUCAAUCUUCAUGACCCAUUACUCGAUUGGCUUCCUGACUUUAGCCUGAUGAUGUUGUUACAUGGUGAACAUUACCUGGUCAUCAAGACACCCAAGAUUCCGACGUCCAGUACAUUGGUCCAUCAUGCACAAAUUUUCGAAGCUACAGAUAAGGGUAAAGCCGCAUCAGUAGUGUUAAUAAACCAUACGUAUGAUAAAGAUAGUGGGACUUUAUUUGAAAAUCAAGCAACCCUCUUCAUUCGAGGUUCAGGCGGGUUCGGAGGUAGAAAAGUAGGAAAAGAUCGAGGAGCGGCAACAGCUUUGAACAAACCACCAAACCGAGCACCAGAUGCGAUUUCUAUUGAAAAGACCGAUUUGAAUCAAGCUGAAUUAUAUAGAUCAAGUGGAGAUACUAAUCCAUCACAUACGAAUCCAGACUUUGCAGCAGUGGGAGGAUUUAAAUCUCCAAUCUUACAUGGACUUUGUUUUUGA